AUGCUUCCCAGAAAGUCGAGCGACACUGGAGCGAGCUUCCACACGGCCGCCAGCGUACCGAGACACAACCGGUCGCACAGCGCAACGGCGGCGGCGACGUCUGCAACCGCCGUCUCAGGCCACUUCCGCUCAAACUCAGCCUCUCCGAAGGAUUUGUCGACGCCCGCCGACCUCGCGGCCCGCCUCGAGGCGCUCAAGGAAUCGGGCGUCCGCCGCAUCCCCCUAACCCGGCUCUGUGGCUCGCCCGAGCUCUACCGCCUCCGUCCGGCCCUACGAGCCCACCUAACCGACCUGGCAUACCUCUCCGAAUGCGCUGCGUAUCAGUACCCCCGCGCCGCGAACGGGCGUGACCUAGCGCUAGUGCUGAGGGCAAGUGCUGUUCUCCGCUCCUUUGACGCAGCGAGUGGUAGUUGGAGCCUGGCGUGGCACAUGGCGCAGAUGUUCUCGGUCCUCUCGCCGCCGACGGCCACCACCACUAUCUACGACACGCACCCGGCCCACCUCCAUGCGUUCGGUCUAGAAAUUGCCCCGCCCACACCAAGCCUGGGUCUGGGCAUUAGGGUCGAGUUCCUCAGUCCACACCAGUGGCCGACCCCGGUCCCAGUCCCCGCCGAUAACGGGGACAUGAUCGCUGCGCGCACAGCGAUUAGAGCGUACACAUCAGCCCGUGGCGUCCUUCCAACCGUAUGGGAGGGUGCCUACUUUCCCUGGCUACUGACGCACGUCCUGCCUCCCACCGCCUCCUUGGCUGAAGGAGAGGCGGGUGCCCUCGCUUCUCUGAGGGUGGCUUCGCGGCUCACGACCCGCCUCUAUGCUGCGGUGAGGCGGAAUCCGCAGCGCACCCCAAUUCCACCGGUCCUGAGCCGGUGUUACGCUCUAGUGGCCAUCGGAAACAUAUGGACCCUCUACGCGGGCGUAUUGGAGGGCGAUCUAAUGGUUUCCGAGAUAACGACGGUCAACGCCGCCGAUCCAGAGGGCCUCAUGGCCGCCCUCUCCCUCGUUCGGGUUAUUGCCAGUGAAGCGGAAGCCCGCCGCACAGUCCUCGAGAACUGGCUAUGGUGUCUCGACCCCCCUUCGCCUCUUUCAAGCAGUUCAGGUUCACUUCCCGUUACCCCAGACUCAGCCUCGAAUGAACGGUACGAGAACCCCCGCCGCGCCCCACUUCCCGAGAAGGCAUUUGAGAAUCCGCGCGCCGCCCCGAAAACACCGUCGCCGCCAAAUAGCCAGAGCCAGAUCCCACUACAGGCUCCGCCGCGACCGGCGGCACGCCGUAUCCCCAUCCCCUUCCCACCUAGUACAGGGGGCAGCUCGCCGCCCACGUCGCCGAAGGAUAAGCGGAUGGGUGUGGUCUCGCCCACUUCGCCCGUGGCUAUUCCAAAAGGACGGAGCCCAAUUCUCGACGUGAGGGCUUGGCGACAGGCUGUUAGGAGGCCGAGUGGCACUUUGGCCCGGCCAUCAGGGUUCCACAAGCUGAGUAAGAGUGUCGGAUAA